CUGGGCAUCGCCUCAGGCGGCCGGCAGCCCCGCCCCGCCCUGAGCCCGCCCCCCGCCGAGUUGAGGGGAGGAUUCGGUUCGCGCUCCCGUGCCGCCGCCGCCGCCGCCUCCUCCGCCGCCCCUCCGAGGAGGCCCCGCCGCCACUGCUGUUAUUUCUUUCGGCGGACAGCAUGAAGAUCAAGGAUGCCAAAAAACCCUCUUUCCCAUGGUUUGGCAUGGACAUAGGAGGUACUCUCGUGAAACUUGCGUAUUUUGAACCCAUUGAUAUCACAGCAGAGGAGGAGCAAGAAGAAGUUGAAAGUUUAAAAAGUAUCCGGAAAUAUCUGACUUCUAAUGUAGCCUAUGGGUUGACCGGAGUUAGGGAUGUUCAUCUUGAAUUGAAGGAUUUAACACUCUUUGGCCGAAGAGGAAACUUGCACUUUAUCAGAUUUCCAACCCAUGACCUUCCUACUUUUAUCCAAAUGGGGAGAGAUAAAAACUUCUCAACAUUACACACGGUGCUAUGUGCUACUGGAGGUGGUGCUUACAAGUUUGAAAAAGAUUUUCGCACGAUUGGAAACCUCCAGCUGCACAAACUGGAUGAACUUGAUUGCCUUGUAAAGGGCUUGCUGUAUAUAGAUUCUGUCAGUUUUAAUGGGCAGGCAGAAUGCUAUUAUUUUGGCAAUGCCUCAGAACCUGAAAGAUGCCAAAAGAUGCCUUUUAACUUAGAUGACCCAUAUCCGCUACUGGUCGUGAACAUUGGUUCUGGAGUUAGUAUUUUAGCUGUCCAUUCCAAAGACAACUAUAAGCGAGUUACUGGAACAAGUCUGGGAGGUGGCACAUUUCUGGGUUUAUGCAGCUUACUGACUGGCUGUGAAAGUUUUGAAGAAGCUCUUGAAAUGGCUUCCAAAGGUGACAGCACCCAUGCUGAUAAAUUGGUCCGUGAUAUUUAUGGAGGAGAUUAUGAAAGAUUUGCUUUGCCAGGGUGGGCUGUAGCAUCUAGUUUUGGGAACAUGAUCUAUAAGGAGAAGAGAGAAUCUGUUAGUAAAGAAGAUCUAGCAAGAGCUACUUUAGUUACUAUCACCAAUAACAUUGGUUCUAUAGCAAGAAUGUGUGCUGUUAAUGAGAAAAUAAAUAGAGUUGUCUUUGUUGGAAAUUUUCUACGUGUCAAUACUCUCUCAAUGAAACUUUUGGCAUAUGCAUUGGAUUAUUGGUCCAAAGGCCAGUUGAAGGCAUUAUUUCUAGAACAUGAGGGAUACUUUGGAGCAGUUGGUGCUCUCCUGGGGCUGCCAAAUUUCAGCUAAAGCACCAAGAGUCACUAUAUUAAUAAUGCCAUCCAAAUGGAACUAAAAAUCAGAAGGAUUAUUAUUACAUUAUUUAAAAUGAUGGGAACCAAAGGACAAGGUGGGGAAACAGCAAUGUUGCUGUUUAUGUUAAAAGGGUAAGAUGUUGAAUGUUGCCAUAUUUAAAGUAAGAUCUUGGUAACAUGAAGCAUUUCCAGUUGAAAUGGCUUUAGGGAUUUUGGUCUUACUCUUCUGUAUAUAAUCAGUAUUAAAUCCUUUUGAUGCAAUACAACCUCUGAUUGAGCUUCUAAAAAAUAUUUUCAUUUUACUUUUAAGUAGUCAGCAUUAUAGUAUUGUAUGCUUAAACAAAAAUCUCAAUCCUCAGAUAUUUAGUUUAUGAAAAUAAUUCAUUCUGAAUAUCUGUUAAAGAUGUCUCUCUUACCCAUCUUUUGGUUACUUUUCAUGCCCUGUAUUGAAAAUUCACUGUGAUGACCAAAAGUGUCAGAGAUUACAUUUUCAUGUGAUAUUAGAAAAUUUCAGACAUUGAAAAUCAUCAGGGCUUUUCUUAUGUUUCUGUGGUUUUUGAGAGGUCUCCAGUAGAAUUCAAAGUAUUUUCAAUACCACAAUGUAAUUAAAAUAGCUAUAUGUGAAACUGCAGGUACAUAGAAGCUCAAGUUCUGACAAUGUGCAUUUUAAAACUCUUCACUUUCCAUUAGUUGGUGCACUAGAGCACUAUUCAUGGAGUCAAUCAUUAUGCUGAAUACAUUUAAAGGUACAGCAUCUAAAAUUUUAUAAUUUGAUUACUUGAUUAGUGACCUGUUUAAUAAGGAAAGUAGGAAGAUAUAAUGGUAUGAGAUCCAAAUGCAUCUCUCAAGUUGGGUGUAUAUUCCCUGUCCUAUAUAUUCCUUCCUGUCAGAUCAGAGCUUAGUCACUCUUUUUAUAAGGUCUGAACCAACAAGGCAAAAAUCCUUAUUAUGUGAAGAAGAAAAAAAAUACCUGCUUAACCUAUCAGAGUGUUUUAUUAAAUUGGAAGA